CUGGCAACCUGCAUCGGACGGCAGGCACCCUUUCUUCGAUUAUAACUUACACACGCAUAUGGUAAACAUAAACAAUCAGAAAUACCGAAACGACGGCCUUUAGCCAGGGGAAUUACUGAAACUUUCGACACUAUCUGUAGGAAAAAUAAUAGAUUUUAUUUCGCAAAGUUUACGGGUCAAGAAUUUAAAUACUUAGAUAAUAAAAAAUUGAGAAGAUUUGUAUUUUGUGUAUUGUGUUUUGCUUAACUGUUUUUUGUUGUGAUUAAAUUAAAUUUUAUGAAAUGCAAAAUGGUUAAUGAAGCCCCCCUUUCUCUAGAUGAGAAGUAUCAUCUUAUUUCUCGCAAUUUACAAGAAGUACUGGGGGAAGAUAAAAUAAAAAGUAUAUUGAAAGAACGAGACUUGAAAAUCUAUUGGGGUACUGCUACCACCGGAAAGCCUCAUGUUGCAUACUUUGUUCCUAUGUCCAAAAUAGCAGAUUUUCUCAGAGCAGGAGCAGAAGUCACUAUUUUAUUUGCUGAUCUCCAUGCCUAUUUAGAUAAUAUGAAGGCAACUUGGGAACUUUUAGAACCCAGAGUUCAAUAUUAUGAACAUAGCAUUAAGGCUAUGUUGAGUUCAAUUGGUGUACCAUUAGAUAAGCUGAAAUUUGUUAAAGGUACAAAUUAUCAGUUAUCCAAGGAAUAUACUUUAGAUGUUUAUCGAUUAUCUUCCUUGAUUACGGAGCAUGAUGCUAAGAAAGCUGGUGCUGAAGUAGUAAAGCAAGUUGAUCAUCCACUUCUUAGUGGACUUCUUUAUCCAGGUUUGCAAGCUUUGGAUGAAGAAUACUUGAAAGUAGAUUCACAAUUUGGUGGUAUUGACCAGAGAAAGAUUUUCACAUUUGCUGAAAAAUACUUGCCACAAUUGGGCUAUCAAAAGAGAGCUCAUCUUAUGAACCCCAUGGUUCCUGGAUUAACUGGAGGAAAAAUGUCUUCUUCAGAGGAUGAAAGCAAAAUUGACCUCUUAGAUUCAGCUGCCAAUGUAAAAAAGAAACUGAAGAAAGCUUUUUGUGAGCCAGGAAAUAUUGAGAAUAAUGGCUGUCUCUCUUUUGUUAAACAUGUUAUAUUUCCUCUUCUCAAACCUGGUGAAAAGUUUGUCUUACCUAGACAUGUAGACUAUGGUGGUGACUUGGAAUUUGACAAAUUUAAUGAUCUAGAACAAGCUUUUGCUAAAGAGGAAGUACAUCCAGGAGAUUUGAAGAAUGCCAUGGAAAUCUAUCUUAAUAGAUUACUAGAUCCAAUUCGAAAAGCAUUUGAAGAUAAGAAACUCAAGGAAUUAGCAGCUAAAGCAUAUCCUGUUCCAGGAAAACAAAAGGGUUCUAAUCAACAGAAUCAAGCUAGUGAUGAACUUGUACCAAGCCGAUUAGAUAUCAGGGUAGGAAAGAUUGUGGAAGUUUCUAGACAUCCUGAUGCUGAUGCCCUAUAUGUUGAAAAAAUUGAUUUAGGUGAAGCCCAACCUCGAACAAUAGUUAGUGGUCUUGUAAAUUUCAUUCCUAUUGAGGAGAUGAAAAACCGAAUGGUUGUGGUACUGUGUAAUUUAAAAGCAGCAAAAAUGAGGGGAGUUGAAUCACAAGGAAUGGUACUUUGUGCUUCAGUAGAUGAUCCUAAACAGGUAGAAACUUUAAUUCCACCAGAGGAUGCAACACCUGGUGAAAGAGUAUAUAUCGAGAACUACGAAUCUGGAAACCCAGAUGAGGUGUUGAAUCCCAAGAAAAAAGUGUGGGAAAAGCUACAGGUUGAUUUGAAAACCAAUUCUGAUUGUUUAGCACAAUGGCAGGGAAAUAAUCUUUUAACAAAAUCAGGUGGAAAAAUAAGAAGUAAAUCAAUGACCAUGGCACCAAUAAAAUGAACAUCAAUAUGCAAUAAACAAUUUUAUUCAACUUUAAUAUUGGUAUUAAAGACAAAAAAUAAUUA